CCCGCCCCCUCCUCCACCCCGCUGCAGAGACCUGACCCGCCUCCCCGCCCCCCUGCAGGGCCCCAGCGUCUGUCGGUGAGCAGCCUGCUCGUCUGCCACGGCCUGCUCAUGGUCGGCACCAGCCUGGGCUUCGUCGUGGCCCUGCCCGUGCCUCGUCUGCAGGGGAUCCCCAAAGUGACCGGAAGAGGCAUGGUCUCCUACCACGCGCACAACGGGCCCGUCAAGUUCCUGGUCAUGGCCACCGCCGCCCUCAGGACAGACAAGGACAAACCCACGGACAGCCCGCCACCCGGCACGGACCCCCCGGAGGCGGACCCCAGCGAGGUGCCGGGCCCCGGCCUGAGUCGCGGAAGCCCAGACGCCGUCUGGCUGGGGAGUUCGCUGGGCUCCGUGACUAACAGAAGCGAUUUCUCCUCGUCGUCUGGGUCCCUGGCCCCGUCGCAGGGCUCAGGCUCCCUGGAGCCCAGGCCAGAGGAGAGCGUCGUCUACGACCUCCUGCGGCUGCCCAGCGUGUCGCCGGGCCGGGGGCGGCGGGUCAGGAGGGCCAAGGCCAGCUCCGUGCUGGUGGUGUGCGGGGGCCAGGGCCACCGGCGUGUGAGCCGGAGGGCCCGGCAGCAGCGGCCCGAGGAGCUGGCCUCCUCCGUCAUGGUCUGGCAGGUCCCCCUGCUGAACGCGUGAGCCCGCUGCCCCCAGCUGGCCGCGUCCUUGCAGCCAAGCCGGGCAGCCUGAGGGCUGUGGCCGUGUCUACACUGGUUGAGGGUAAAUUAAGUCUUCGGGGAAGAAAUGUGCAAUAGCAUCACGGUGGUGUUUCCCCGCCAGCUCGUUGCCUCUGUUCUCAGCACAGAUGCUGGCAAGGAGGCAGAGGGGCGCACGGGGCUGGGGCAGCCGGGCGUCUGGGGUGCUGGGUGCCACAGUCCACGCAGACACCCCGCUUGGCGCCCACUCUUGGGCCCCGCUGCUUAGCAAGUCCGCAGACCAGGAGCUCACGGGGAAAUGUCGCUUAUUCAUUAGUGGACACAUUUAUUAACAAUUCUUAGAGUAAUCCUACUUGGUCCAGAGUCUCUCCUUUUAUUUAUAUUGUACAUCUUCGUGUUGCAGUACAGAGUUGGUAACAAGAGAGGCCAGCGGCGGACCCCGGUCCGGGUGGCGGGAGUUGCUCUCUGAAGUGGACUGGGCUCUCCAAAGCAGCAUGAUGCGUGUAUUGUAUAUUUUAACAAAGUAGUAUUUUUGUAUUGCCUUUUUUCUAUUAAAAAUUAACAGUUAAUAUUUUAGUCAGUAUAUUAUCCGUAACAUUUCACAAGUAAUGUUUUGCUUUGAACCAAAACACUCAAUACCUUAUCAACAUUUAGACUCGCGCAUCAACACCAAAAGAUCCUUCCCGUCCAUCCUAGAGCAUCCGUACCCCCGUCAGAAACGCAAGUUUCCCUGUUGUAGGAAGUGCUUGGCCUGGGCCCUUUCCGGCUGUUUCCUCCGCCGAUUGACCUGGACCACGGAGUCUGUCUUCAAUACGCCUUCUGAAGUGACUCAUGGUGCUAGCGGGUGUGGGUGCGUCCCGGCGGGGGGUGAGCCCAGGCCGGAGACAUUGCGGUCAGCACACCCGUCACCUCGAGCUGCCUCCUGCAAGCACACGGGUCACAGCCACCGCGCGGUCGAGGAGAGCGGGCGGUGAGCCCCGCUCCGCGCAGUGUGGCUUUACGUGUCGGUGUUGUGCUUAGCGAGGGGUUUAAAGGCAUUAAUGCAGACACUGCCGGAGAUAAACUUCUCAGCACUUUACAGACGACUAAAAAAUGCUAAUUUUUUGACUUAGCCAAAUAUUUUUCAAGGUGCGUAUACACCCCCACACGAACUUAAUCUCUCCCCAAGCUUUCUUAAAUUGUUAGCUGCUACCUGAAGUCAUAAAUAAAGCCUCUUUAUUUAAAAAUUC